AUGUCGUUCUUGAAUUUGUGCAGCUUUGAUGCCAUUGACAAACUAUACAAGCCAAUUGCACAGACCUCCAAGCUAAGUUGGAGGCAGGCUUCACCUCCGCGCUACGAGAGCAAGAGCAAAGAAAAAGAGGAGAUGCACAGGAGGAAAAUCAAUGAAGAGAGAACAAAGGCCAAAGAACACCUGAAGCUCGACAUAGCACAGAUAGAGGCGGAACAAAUGGCUACAAUUGCCAUCACGUGGAAGCUCAAGCAGCUUGUCCAGAAAGAGACAAUCUGUGAGAACAAUGGUGGUAGCACACAAAGUUGGUCGCAAGAACCUCCGGGGCUUGAUUCCAAUACAGGGCCUUCAUUGUCUCCCAGGCCAGGAGAGUCAAUCCCAGAGAACAAUGAAGAUGAAGGAAGGUUCAUCAGGAUGAUGGAAGCAGCAAUGUGUCGGGUGUUCCCUGGUCUGGCCUGUCUUGCACAGAGUGCACAGAGCCUACAAAAUCUGUGCCACCAACAGAAACAGAAAGCGGCAGGAAUCCAACAAUUCUGA